AGUUUUCAACGUUUCUCGUGGCAAUGUCUUUUGUCUCUCUGGCUCUGCAUUGCUUUUGCUUCUUUCCCUUCCAUUUCUGCUAAUUAACUCCCCCCCAAACCCCACCUUCCCCAAAACAGCAAAAAUCAAUCCCCUAAAGUUGCCUUGCCAUGAAGUUUAUGAAACUCGGAUCUCGCCCUGAUACUUUCUGCAUCAUAGAUGAUGGUGUUAGAUCAGUUUCCUCUGAAGUUUCAAGUGAUCUUGCAGUAGAAGUGGAAGGAAUCAGAUACUUACUCCACAAGUUUCCCCUGUUCUCCAAGUGCUUGAGGCUGCAAAAGCUGUGUUAUUCAGACAGCCCUGAAGCCUCAUCAGGCCAGCACAUAGUGGUCAAGCUCCCUGAUUUCCCAGGAGGAAUCGAGGCCUUCGAGCUCUGCGCAAAGUUUUGCUAUGGCUUCACCAUCACUCUUAGCGCCCACAACCUCGUCUCGGCCCGAUGCGCUGCCGAGUAUCUCCAGAUGACAGAGGAGACCGAAAAAGGGAACCUAAUCUCCAAACUCGAAACCUUCUUCAAUUCCUGCAUUCUCCAGGGCUGGAAGGACCCCAUCGUGGCGUUACAGAGCACCAAGGCGUUCCAGGCCUGCUCCGAGGACCUGGGAAUCACCCCCCGAUGCAUCGACGCCAUAAGUUCUAAAGUUUUGGCAAAUCCCACCAAAAUCAAUCUCUCCAAAAGCCAUUCUAGGAGAGUAGAAGAAUCCAUGUUUAAUGGGUCAGAACCCCAAAGACAUAAGAGCUGGUGGGCUGAAGAUUUGGCAGAAUUGAACCUGGAUUUGUACUGGAGAACCAUGAUUGCCAUCAAAUCCGCCGGGAGGGUCCCGUCCAACGUGAUCGGCGAUUCACUCAGGAUAUACGCGUCUCGCUGGCUACCAAACAUUACAAGUUUUACCCGGAUUAAAAAAGAUUCAGACCCGGAUUCUAUUUCCUCGAAAUACAGGCUUGUAUUGGAGUCAAUUAUCAGCCUAUUGCCAGCAGAAAAGGGAGCCGUUUCCUGCACCUUUCUGCUAAAGCUCCUGAAAGCCGCCAGCGUUCUCAGAGCUUCGAAUUCGUCGAAAAUGGAGGUGGCGAGGCGGGUGGCGAUCCGGCUAGAGGAUGCUAGCGUGGGUGAUUUGUUGAUCCCCUCGGUUUCGUCGACGAGCGAGACGGUGUAUGAUGUUGAUAUAGUGAUGUUUAUGCUUGAGGAGUUCUUGUUGCAGGGGAAGAGCCCUGCAACCAGUCCGCCUAGGAGGAGCAGAGGGGAUUUUGAGAGGAGAAGAUCGAGAUCUGCAGAGAAUGUUGAUCUUGAGUUUCAAGAGAGUAGGAGAUCUUCUUCGGCCUCGCAUAGCUCUAAGCUCAAGGUGGCUAAGCUUUUGGAUGGGUAUCUCCAGGAGAUCUCCUCGGAUGCCAAUUUCCCAGUUUCUAAGUUCAUCAAAAUUGCUGAAUCCUUCCCGGAUUUUGCCCGGCCUGACCAUGAUGAUCUCUACAAGGCUAUUGACAUCUACCUCAAGGCUCAUCCAGAGCUGAACAAGAGCGAGAGAAAGCGAAUAUGCAGGAUCCUGGACUGCAAAAAGCUGUCAAUGGAGGCCUGCAUGCAUGCAGCGCAGAAUGAAUUACUGCCAUUAAGGGUAGUAGUUCAGGUCCUCUUCUUCGAGCAAGCACGCGCCGCCGUGUCCGGCGGCCACACGGUGGAGCUCCCUGGCAACCUCAAAGCAUUACUAGCCAACGCUCCACAAAAUGAAAAUAUAGCCAAGAAGAAACUGAGCCCGCCUGAGGACCAGUGGAGUGCGACGGGGCUUAAAACUCCCAAAACCACCCUGAAAAUGAGACUGGCUGAAGAUGAAGACGAAGACUACGAUCUGGACGGAAUCUAUGGCGACGGCGUUGGGAAAUCUUCGAGGAUUAAGGCCAUUUGUGUUCUUCCCAAUCGGUCUAAAAGGAUUUUCAGUAAGUUAUGGUCUAUCAACCGAAAUUCACAGAAUGAUAGGAACUGAAGAACAAAACAUAUUCUUUAGCUUUGUAUCAUUUUCUGUGACCAUUUAAUAUUCUUUACCUUCAUAGAUGAUGAAAGAUUAUGCAAUUAGCAAAUGUAAACUCUGUAAUCCUUUAGAAAAAAAAAUUGAGAAAUCCAUUUUUCAAUUCUUGGUGCAGUGUAACACUGUAACCUUAAAUUGGGGAUUUUUUUUUGUACUUGAAAACAAUAUAUUUCUUAAUUAAUUGGAAAAUAUACUCGCUCUUCUUCUAUUAA